AUGUCAUUGAUGUAUGCUUACCUGAUAGCUGUGGUGUACUGCAUCUGCCACCCAGAGCAGCUCAUCUCGGGGAAGGAGGACGCAGCUAACAACUUUGCCUGUGGCCACUACACGGUUGGGAAGGUGAUUGUGGAUCUAUGCCUGGACUGUGUGCGCAAGCUUGCAGACAACUGCACUGGGCUUCAGGGAUUCUUGGUGUUCAAUGCUGUUGGUGGUGGUACUGGCUCUGGACUUGGUUCACUGCUGUUGGAGCGCCUUUCAGUUGAUUAUGGCAAGAAGUCCAAGUUUGGUUUCACCAUUUAUCCUUCCCCACAGGUAUGACCUUAU